AUGAGGUCCUAUCCGCUCUUUAUCGCACUAGGCCCCGCGACCACCUUCGCGGCAAUCAUUCCAAGGAUCCUUCCUCCGGCAUCUGACCUUCCCUCAGGCUGGUCGUACUCUGGAUGCUAUGUCGACAGUGUCUCGACUAGAGCACUCAAUCUUGCCUCCUACGCCGACGGAGCGCAGACAGUGGAGACCUGCAUCGCCUUCUGCAGCCCAAAAGGCUAUUCUGUAGCCGGGGCCGAGUUUGGGUCAGAAUGUUUCUGUGGUCUCGCGAUCCCUUCUCAAGUUGCCGAGGAUGGCUGCAACAUGGCUUUUGCGGGUGACUCUUCGGAAGUCUGUAGCGGACCUGACCGUCUCUCCGUGUACACCUCCGGCUCAACUGUCUCCGUCAACCCGGGCCCAGAUGGAUGGCACUCGCUCGGGUGCUACACUGAUUCGGUUCAUGCUCGUACAUUCACCUACGGUGCGGCCACUCCCGGUGGUUUUGACGCUCAAACGGUUGCUGUCUGUACUUCAACCUGCGGCUCUUUGGGCUACAAGUUGGCUGGCGUGGAAUUCUCCGGCGAGUGUUUCUGCUCAAACGGUAUCGAAAACGGCGGCGUACCAGCGACAGACGAAUGCAACAUGCCCUGCAAAGGGAAUUUGACCGAGUUCUGUGGAGGCCCAGAUCGCCUGAACGUAUAUGAGGUCAAUGCUCCGACACCUCCUACUCCAUCUUGCGUGCCCACAAUCGAAACGGGCGGUAGGAUCGACAACGGAGGUUUCGAGACGGGCGGCGCAGCACCAUGGACCUUCUCCGCCAGUUACGCAAUGGGCACCGCGCUUCAUGGAGAAGCUUUCGAAGGCUGCUGGGCCUGGGACUUCCAGCCCUACAUGGGCACUAACACUCCCCGCGUAGCAUAUCUCAUCUCCGAAAACAAGGUGACGCCCAACAAGAAGCACAAGCUUACGUUCUAUCUCGGGCGCCGAUCCUCCGCCACACCCACGGGUACUGCUAAGGUGAAAGUCACAGUCGGAGAUGACUAUUCGGAGACGUUUACGGUGUGUGGAGGGAGCUGGUGCGGUAGGGAUGGCGCGGGUGGCAGCGUGUGGAAGAGGCAUAAGGCGGAGGAUAUUGAGAUUCGGCCGGGGAAUCCAAAGCCGGUAUUGUUUACGGUGACUUGGACGGGCACGACGAAGAAUGAUAGGAGUGAUGAUGUGUUGCUUGAUGGGGUGCUGCUGGAGCGGGAUUAA